UCUCAUGGGGCUGCCGUUGUUUUCCCCUGAAUCCGGCGGUGGCCCUCAAAAAAUCAAGUCUCUUUCUCUUUUCUUUUAUUAGGUUGUUCUCUUCUUCCCUUUGAUUUUAUUUUUCCUUUUCCUUUUCCUUGCUGUUUCAUGCUUGUUCCUCCCCUUUCUGGAUUUCUUCCUUCCCAUGGAUGAUGACUUCUCUCCCUCCUUGAUGAGAUGUAUUUUGCUCCCACCUUGCUGGUUUCCAGAUCUUGUGUGGAUGAUCUCCAGGUAGAUCUUGGAGAGGUUCUGAGUUUGGUUCCCUAUGUCCUUUCUUGCGGCUGUUGUCCUCUCGUCGGCGAUGUGUUGUCCUUUCUAGUGAUUAUUCCCCGGCGAAGGACGUCUCAUGUUGACAGGAGUUUGUGCGGCGUGUUUUUGGAGAUAGGGGAUGCUUUUGGUAGCCACCAGGCAAUGCUUGGUCAACUGAUGUAG